AACAUAGGGCAGCUUUUUUACUUUGAGUUAAGAUGAAACCACACCCACUGCUGGGAGUCGCGAGGCUGGACAUGUAAAGGAGCAGAGCAUCGUGGAAAGGCGGGCAGGAAGAGCGCACUGCCUGAUAUGUGACUAGGGUUCCAUGCUGCGUAAAAGUUUUAGCCAACCACAGCCGUGCGUAAAAGUUGCUUUUGAAAACCAUGCGCAGCUUUUGCAUCCCAGAGGUCCCUCGAACUUCUUCAUCGGGAGUUGGCACUCUCUUAGCUGAACCCCCUAAGUUCCUGACUUCCACCCUGACCUCCAGAAGGCCAUACUAUCCCGAGCCGGGGCAGUCUUUGGCAUGCUGCUGGCCUCCUGAAAUCUUGGACAGCGCUGACACAGCUGAGGAGGAGCCCAGGGUGUAUCUGGAAGCUGCUGACCUUUGGAAACAAUUCCACAGAUACGGCACCGAGAUGGUCAUCACUAAGUCUGGGAGGCGCAUGUUUCCGCCGCUCAGAGCCAGGUGUACGGGCAUGAACAGGAAGGCCAAGUACAUCCUGCUGAUGGACGUCGUGGCGGCGGAUGACUGCAGGUAUAAGUUCCACAACUCGUGCUGGAUGGUGGCGGGGAAGGCGGACCCGGAAAUGCCCAAACGCAUGUAUAUCCACCCGGACAGCCCUGCCACAGGAGAGCAGUGGAUGUCCAAAGUGGUCAGUUUCCACAAACUGAAACUGACCAACAACAUUUCUGAUAAGUAUGGAUUUGCAAUUCUGAAUUCAAUGCACAAAUACCAGCCAAGGCUCCACAUAGUGAAGGCCAAUGACAUCCUGAAGCUUCCAUGCAGCACUUUCAGAAUAUAUGUGUUUGCUGAGACGCAGUUUAUCGCUGUGACAGCUUACCAGAAUGAUAAGAUCACACAGCUGAAAAUUGACAACAACCCUUUCGCAAAGGGAUUCCGGGACACGGGAAACCAACGGAGAGAGAAGAGGAAACUCCAGCAGUAUGAAAAAAGGUCUCAAGAGGCUGAUAGAAAGUGUGCUCCCAUAAGUGAUUUAUCUGCACAGAGUUUUGGUGACACCAAGUGUUCAGAUGUUCAUGCAAGUGAAAAAAGCUUCAAUUGUGGGGAAUGUCCUGAACCAAAGCUGUUUAGAACCUACCUUGAAGACCAGCCGAACGUUUCCUCCACAGCAGAGACUCGACAGGCUGCAUUUUGGACCCCAAACAAAACUUCACACCACAAAGAAAACACCUCCAUAAGUGACAGAACAUGCCACACACAGGUCUCGGACAAAGUUCAAGAGGGCACACUGAGCAACUUUGCACCCAACUGUGUUUACUCGUCUGAUUUAAAUCAACAUCUGUGGAAUAUUGACCCCUCAUGCCAUCUUUUUAAUUUGACACAAGUAAACAGCUGGUACAAAUGUGCCACUGACCGAGCUGUGCAGUGUGGACUCAAACAGGAAGUGCCUGUUAGGACUCCUCUUUCUGUCACCCUCAAGCAGCACGCAGGGCUUCAGGAUGUAAUGAGCUUCUCACCAUAUGGAGGCUUUCUGUUGUACCCUUACUCCCGCACAUGUUCAACGCCAGUCCAGCACGAGGUCCCAAUCACACAGUCCAGACUGGAUUUCAUCUCUGCUCCCAGAGGUUCUGCACAGAAUUUCUUCUUCUCUCCAAUGAAAUCAUCAUCUGUUCUUCCAUCAAAUGAAAGCAGCUUCGGCUCUUGCAACUCAGAGUUGCCUGCAGAGGAGGAUACAUCAGCAGGCCAAGACGGAGCAAACUGCAGUCUUAGCAAGUCACCAGCAGGGGGAGAACUCUAAUUUCAUAGAAAUUACUGCUGAGUUCAGACUGAUUUGUUGUGAAUAAACACGAUCAAAGUAAAGUCUAGGCCAUUG